CGCUGUCAUUUGAUUUCGCAAUUAUAAAAGAGGUAAAAGGGUAGUUCUCUUUGCGGGCAGGGUGGUAGUUUUCGAGGGUGACCCACGGUUUCGAAAGUAGCGUUAAAAGCAAAUGGUGGACUAGGUAAACGAAUCAGUGGCAAUGAAGUUACCUCUCACGGUUAAUGAUUCACUCUCCAACGCAAAGGAUAGUAGAACGGCGAAGAAUUGGCUGAGUAAGUUAUUCCGCGCAUUUAACGAUAAAAUGGAAAAAUACUUUGAAUUGAUGAUUGUUGGACAAAAGAAUCUCGCCGUUCGAGAACAAAUUGUCUCAUUCUCGAAAAGCAAAGAACGUACUUUCAAAAAGUUUCUGGGCUACUGGUCACAUCGUCGAUUCAUCGGCGUAUCCGUUGUUUUCAAUUACGUAAACAAGAAAGAAAGGAUGACGGAGGAAAAGUUGUGCGGAAAGUUUCUCAAAAUUUUUAUAAUCUUAUAUAGCAUUUAGACAGAAAAAUUCCAUUUUUAGCAAAUCGUAUUUAAUUUUAAACUAUCUGAACUAGUUAAUGAUAUAGUAAAUGUUUACUUUGGCUGCGAUAUUCAACUGAAGUUCUUCGUGGCUCUGCGUGAUACGAUAACAAAUUAUUAUUCUUUUUCACUAUCGAAAAAAACCUCAAGUUCAAACACAAGUGCUCAGUAUCGCGAGUCAAUUAAAUUCGUGACUCACCAAAUCGUUGUAACAG